ACGGGAGUGUCAUUUCGCCGCGAGACAUUGUCACUUACUUGGCCUCAUCCUUUACGAGUACUCUACGUUCAGACUCUUCUCACCUCACAUUGAGUCUUGGGCCCUCUCUUUUUCUCCUUUUCCGGAUGGGUACGCUUCACUUUCUUCUCUUUUCACAUUUUUGUUUGCGUUGAUAGAGCUGGAUGACUGCUGGGACAUGCUGUGUGUUAUAUGGACAUGCGUGGAACGGGCGAACUUGCUCUCUCGGGGAUUCUUGGGCCAAAAGGACUUGUCGUACUUUGCGGCGUAUACCGUUGAUCAGCAAUGCGGAGACGAAAGAGUUGGACGAUGGGUUAUAGGGGCCGGACCGACGUCAAGGUAGUAUACAGCUGGAACGGACAUCAGCGUUCGUUCUGUGCAGUUCUCAUGUCUUCAAUAAACACGCCGAGGGCAUUAAUGACCGCGAUCAACUGGCGAAUACUCUGGCCUUGCAUCUCAGUAAGGUAUACAUCUGUCUACUUCUACGUCAUCAGAUCAUACAUCAUUUCUAUUUGGCAACAAACUCAGCUGAACUUUAGUCUGGUGACGCGAACUCUUCAUCCGACUUACUGGUGCCACCUUGCUGAACGCACUUUCUCACCUGCGAGCCACUUCGCAAACCUCAACGGUCGUUGCGCGGAGCCCUGCCACGACUCUCGCAGGAGUCUGCUUCGCAGUCGCACCGUUCAAGAGAAGAAACAACAUGGAGAUCAGGGACUAGACUGGAGUCUAGGAAACUCGAGAGAGACCUUUGGUGGAGAAAGAGUCUGCAAGAGAGCGAAUGCCAGUGUUCUGCAUGUUCUGUGGCCGAGGACCCGGAUCGAGGUUGGUUGCUCUUUCCGCAUGGGUUGAGUGCUGAAGUGACUGGCUCUUUCUUUGUACCUGAUAUGGAAAGUGUCAAACCAAGCUGCACCUGCAUCAAAGUCUUGGGGCCAGACUCGAGUCGUUUUCUCGUGGCCCUCAAUUCACGCUCGUCUGGUUUCCCCUGCGUCUUGGCUC